AUGGCCGGCGUAUUCGACCUCCCCAUUGUCGGCCCUAUCAUCAAGAACGGCGUCUCGACGGUUGUGUCUGGCGCUGUGACGGCUGCGGGUGGCUAUGCUGGAGAUUUAGUAAUUGGCGCUGGGAAUCUGGUGGAGCAGGGUGGGAGGACUGUUGGCAAUGGCGUAUCCGGUUUUAUCGGCAGCUACGGCGAGAAGAUAAACCAGUACGGCAAUACAGUAAUAGCUGCCACCGCCCCCGGCGGCCCACCCGUCAUUGACACCGUCCAGAAAACGGCCAAGCAAGUGUCCCACACGGCGACGAACGUCACAAACAGAGCCUCAAACACUGCUUCCGGCGUCGCCAAAACCGCCCAAAAAUCUCUCCCCGCCCCGGUGAGCAAUGCGCAGAAGACGAUCACCAACACCGCGACCUCGGCUACAAAAGCCCUUCCGUCGACCGUAGGCGGCGCGCAAAAAGCUAUCACCGGCACCGCAUCCUCCGCCACGAAAGCCCUCCCAUCGAGCGUGGGCGGCGCACUAGGGGCGCCAAAGCCAGCGUCCUCAGCAGUGCAGAAAAAAGCCUACGAGCCCUACAAGCCAGCGACGUCCUACAAAGGCUUCGAUUCGAAGUCUGCCGCCGGCACGCCCGCGCAGUACAAACCCCCAACACCAGGUGCCCCAAAGCCGCCCGCAGAGCGCAAGUACGAGCCCUACAAGCCCGCGACGUCGUACAAGCCGUUCGACUCGAAGAGCGCGGCGGGGACGCCUGCGGAGUUCAAGCCGGGCGGCGGGUAUAAGAGCCCUGCUGAGAGAGCGAAGGAGGCGGGCGUUGGGACGGGGGGGUAUAAGCCACCGAAUGUGGGGACGGCAGUUGGGGGCGCGAAGAGCUAUGCUGGGGCUGCGGCGAAGCCGGUGGGUGCGGCGACGGGGGCGGCGACUGGGGCUGCAAGGGGUUUAGUUGGCGGGGCGGUGGGAGGGGCGCAGAAUGCGGCGGGGAAGGUGAGGGUAAGUCGGGAGAGCAGGCCGAGAAGGGGGAGGGGGCAGGCGGAGAGUGCGAAGCCGGCGCCUCAGUUUUUCUAA